AUGCAAUUCUGUUGCCGCGCGCUGACCCCCCGCUUCUGUUUCCGCUACGGUUCCGCGUCGUCGUUAAUAGGCGGCUUGAAUUACCUCCCCCGCCGCCUGCGGAGCGAUAGCGCGCUGGUGCUGCGGGACGUCCUUCAAAGGCUGCGCGCUGCGCUUGAAGACCGCGAGCUUCCCCCCGGGCUGCUCUCAUCCAUCCGCGUGCUCGCGCGGAAGAGGGACCUCGCGGAGAUGCGGAGGGGGAAGACGAAUGGUCGGGGAGCGGAGGGCGAGGAGGAAGGGGUUCCGAGAUGGGUGCGGAUAGUGGUCGAGUGCUGCACUGCGUCCUUCCUGUCGUCCCUCCCGAAGCCCCCACCAGGUGACACCGGAACCCCAACCCGAACCACCAGGAAAGCAGCAGCGGCAGCCGGAGCAGCCUUAACAGCCGCGAGAGAGGCGGUAGCUGCUGCAGUGGAGGAAUUCGGGGAGAGCGUGUGGACGGAGCGAGAAGAGGAUAGUGAAGGCGGCGCAGCAGCAGAUGGGCGUACGGAGGAGGAUAGAGAAGGGGAGGGGGAGGAGGCGAGGAAGGCGGAGGAGGAGCAGAAAGAGGAGGUGCUGAAUCGGGAAAUCAGGCACAGGCAGGCUUCUAUUAGGGCGAUGCAGCAGGAGGCGGGCGGUAGUGUGGCGGGCGUGGCAGAGCGGGUGAGGGAGCGCUUUCCGCAGGAGGACGUGUGGGCGCACUUGCAGGAGCUCGUGGACUGGACUGCUGCUGCGCUGCCUCCCCCGCUGCUUCAGUUUAGUCAUGGUAGUGCUGCUGCUGCUUGGUGUAGAGCAGCAGCGAGCAGGGAUAAAAGUCCACGUCUGACUUUCCUGCGCUUUUUUGCUCCAUUGCAUGAUCAUUAUCCAUUGUGGGAUGUAUGGAUGUGCAAAAUAUCCCCAUCGGCCCACGCACUGCCUUUCCCUAUCAGCAACAUCAGGGCAGACAGCCUCUCCUGUUCUCCUGCUGCUUCGUUUGAAGCGCCUAAAACGUUUGUCUGUGUCCCUUCGCUCACUGCCUUUCCCCUGCAGCAUCGCAAAGGGAGGAAGCUUCCGCUUGUGUUCUUGCAAUCGCGGCAAGCUGCUGUGGAUGCGUAUGUUGGUGGGGCAAGGGGAGGCGGGGGAAAAGCAGCAGCAGGGAUGGAUGGGGCGCAGAAGAAGAGGCGAGACACAGCAGACUCAGGAGGAGGUGCAGGAGGAGGUGCAGGAGGAGCAGCUGUGGGAGAAGCGGGGGCAGCUGAAGCAGCAGCGGGAGAAACACGUGCUAAGGAGAAACAAGUCGAGGGAGAAGGAGAGGGUUUGGGGCGAGAGGGCAAGGAAGGAGGUGAGCGGGGGAAGAGGAGCAACGGGAGAGAUCACAAGGGGAAGAUUCCAUGGGCUGGGCGGCGGCAUGUGAGGCGCGUGGUGUAUGAGGAGGUGGAGGAUGAGGAUGAGGAUGAAGAAACGGAGGCGGAUGGAGGGAGGGAGAAGGAUAAAGAAAGGGAGGCGGAUGGAGGGAGGGAGAAAAUCGGGGAGAAGGAGAAAGGGGAGGGAGGGGAUGGGAGGGAUGGAGGAGGUGAAGGGAGAGGGGCGGUUGAAGGGGUGGAGGGGAGUCGAGGGAAGGGGGGAGAGAAGGGGAUGGGAGUGGGGAGAAACGGAGGAGCGAGGGAGGAUUUUGAACGUGAGAAUGAGGUUAGGAAUGGGAGGGACGAGAGGUUGAGGGAAGGGAGAGAGGAGAGGGGGGGCAGGGAGGGCAGGGAGGGAGAGCAGACGGGGGACAGGGAGAAGCAAGUUGAUGGUGAUAUGGAGGAGGAACAGGAGGAGGAGGAGCAGGAGGGGCAGGAGGAGCAGGAGGGGCAGGAGAAGGAGGAGCGCGUGCUGUUCCGGUUCCUUCAAGUGCGGAAGGAGGAUGGACAGGCGCAAGGCAAUGGGCAUGCUCCGGACAUGCAAGGAUCAGCAGCAGAGAGGCAGUCCCUUCCCAAGGCCAAGGCUGGGGGGAAGGCUGAUGGGAAGGAUAAGGCGCAAGGACGUGCAGAGACUGGGGCAGAGGCACAGGAACAGGAGGCAACAGUUGGGGCAGGGGCGGAUGGAGAGCGAGCAGCAGAGAAAGCGAGAGGUGCGGGAGCUGAUGCACGGCUGAAUGGAGGUGAAGCGGGGGCGGGGAAGGGAGUCACGACAAGGCGUGGGGAGAGCGGAGUUGGCAUGGGUGCAGGAGCACCCCCAGGCACACCUGUGGGUAUGGGCACACGGACAGGUAUGGGCAUGGGUGGUGUUAAUCACAUGGGUACCCCCAUCGGCAGUGGCAGGAAGCGAUGUGCGGUGCUGGUGUGUUCAGUCUGCGGGCAUGGGCCAGGGGGCAAGGGCAGGGCGACAGGGGGUCAUGCAGGACCGCUGUUCCCGUGCGAGGGGUGUGCGGAGAUGUUUCACUUUGACUGUGCGGGCAUGCUGUUUCAAAACGUGCUGGAGGUGAGCUCAUGGACGUGUAAGGGUUGCUUGGAGGAGGAGGAGAGGGAGAGAGAGAGGGAGCUGGAGAGUGUGCGGAGUGAGCGGAUGAAGAGGAUGAGGCUGUCUCCUCUGGCAGUGAAGCUGCAGAAGAAGCUGCAGCAGGAGGAGGGGCAGCGGGAUGGGCAGGAGGAGGGGCCGGUGGGGCAGGGGGAGAGGCAAGGGGAGAGGCAAGGGGAGGAGCAGGGAGGGGAGGGGAAGAAGCAGAGGGGGGUAGGAGAAUGGGGGGAGAGGGAAGCGUAUGGGGGUUUGGACGGCGGUAAUGGGGGAGAGAGGAGGGGUGGAGGUGUUGUGGAAGGGGGGGGAAGUGGGGAGAAGGAGAGGAGGAGCGGAGGAAAGGGGAAGGGGAAGGGGAAAGGGGAGAGCGUGCAUGAGGGGUUGGAGGAGCGAGAUGGAGUGGCAGAGGUUCGUGUUGUGCUUGACUCCCGAAUGGCAGCAGCAGCUGGGGAGGAGGAAGAAGAGGAAGGAGGGGAAAGGGGAGAGGCGCGGGAUGCAGGUGGGGUAUUGAAGGGAGGGAAGGCAGCAGGACGCAAGGAAAAGAGCAAGGAGAGUGGGAGAGAUGAUGGGAGGGCGGAAGAGAGGGCGGAAGGGAGGGCGGAAGGGAGGGCGCAGGGGAAAGGCGGGAGGGGUGUUGAAGGCACUGUUGCGAGCGGGAGUGGUUUGGAUGCUGCCCUAGGCAAGAGGAAGAAGGCACAGGGGCUUAAGCAUGGGCAGAAGCAGGGGCAGGGCGGGGAAGAGGGCGAGGGCGAGGACGAGGGAGAGGAAGAAGCAGCAGGUGGUGCAAUGAAUGGGUUAAAAAAAUCCCCUUUCAAAUCCAUUGCUGGUGACAGGGGCGCUGAUGGGGGGGCUGCUGAUUUAAGUGAGGCGGAGGAGGUGGAGGUGGAGGAGGAGGAAGAAGAGGAAGAGGAACUGGAGAUGUGGGAAGAAGAGACUGGGGAGGAGGAGGGCGCGGAGGAAGAGGAGGAAGAGGAGGGGAGACGAGAGUUGCAAGAGGAAAGGAUUGAGGAUGAUGGUGAAGAGGAGGCAGACGAGGAGGAGCAGGAGGAAGAAGAGGCAACAGAGGAAGAGGGAGAAGAGGAAAGAGAGGAAGAGCGUGGAGAGAUGGAGGAAGGGGAAGUUGGGGGAGAGGAAGAGGAGGAGGAGGCAGACGAGUUGGAAGAGGAGGACGAGGAGAGGGAAAUGCCAAUGGAUCGUGGGCGUGGUGUCAAUGCUAGGGGGAUGGGGAGAGAGGAGCGGGAGGAUGAAGAAGAGAGGGAGGAGAGGGAAGAAAGGGAGGAGGCGGUGGGGGAAGAGGAGGAAGAAGAGGAGGAAGAGGAGGAGGAAGAGGAGGAGGAAGAGGUGGAAGAGCUGGAAGAGGAGGAAGAAAAGGAGGAAAAGGUGGAAGAGGAGGAGGAAGAGGAGGAGGAAGAGGUGGAAGAGCUGGAAGAGGAGGAAGAAAAGGAGGAAAAGGUGGAAGAGGAGGAGGAAGAGGAUGAGGAGGGGGAGCAGGAGGUGCAGAUACGGAAGGGCUUGGGUGGGCGCAGGGAUGCAUAUGGGACACCAGGAGGAGCAGAUAGAGGUGGUGCGCAGUGGAGAGGCAGGCAGGAGAAGGCUCAUGCUGCUGUUGGAUAUGGGAGAGCGGGUGGUGCUGGCUCACAUGGGAACAGUGCGGCUGCUGCCGCUGCUGCUGCUGCUGCUGCUAGAAACGGGAGUGGUCGUGCUGCUGGGAAGGAUGUGCGAGGGAAGGGUGGUGUUGAGAGGAAGGAGUUGGGACGAGGUGGCAGGGAGGCAGAGGGGAAUAGGCUGAAAGACGAGGAAGAAUUGCUGCUGGAGCUGAUGGAGAGGCACAGGGCAGCGGGGGCCAAGUGGAAGCUGAUUCUGCAGGACGGCCGGCACCGCUUCCACCCCUCGCGCACGGCAGUGGACCUCAAAGACAAGUGGCGCAACCUGGUCAAGUACAAGUGCUUCUCGCCCUGA